AAAAAUAUGGUUGUAAAGUCUUAGAAGUCUGAAAAACCUUCUCCAGAAGUUAUAAUCCAUCCAUGGCGUUUCCAUCUGCUGCCACUCCCACUGUUUUAUCUCCCUCGUCAAUCUCAAGCCGUCCGAUUCGACACUCUCAUCUCUUCCCUUCUCAAACCAAUCCAAUAACUAUUACCUGCAGCUUCUCUUCUCCCUCCCCAUGCAGCAACACAAGGUCAAUCCUAGUACCCACCAGCAGCCGGUACUACUGUUGUUUUCGGGUUUCAUAUAGAUUUUCCGGUGCCGGUGAAGGUGAGGAGGAGGACGACGAAGAGGAGGAGUGUAGCUUUGAUGAAGCCGUUGUGCUGUUCAACACAAGGGAAUACUACAAGUGCCAUGACUUUCUCGAAUCGCUUUGGAACAAUGCUGAAGAACCGUCCAGAACUCUUAUUCAUGGCAUUCUACAAUGCGCAGUGGGAUUCCAUCACCUAUUCAAUCAGAACCAUAAAGGAGCGAUGAUGGAGUUGGGAGAAGGACUUUGUAAGUUAAGAAAGAUGAAUUUUAAAAGAGGAUCACCAUUUCAUGAGUUUGAGCAAGAAAUCUCUGCAGCCCUGGAUUUUAUUUACCAAACGCAGAUAGAGUUAGCUGCCUGUACGGAUGAAGUUUGUGUUACAAUGGAUCAAUCAGAGAGAUCAUACCAACUUCUAGGCCGGUAUGGUGCAGGUCAGCUACUAUAUACCCUCCAAAGGGACCCUAAUUCUAAUCAAUUUAUGUACAAUAUUGUCUUCUCCCCUCACACCUCUUAUGGGAGUGAGCCACUAAAGGUCAAGCUUCCUACCCUUAAUGCAACCACACAACAUCUCUUGGCCUGUGAAUACAACUGAUUCUUCAAGUGGUGGAUCACUCUGGUUGAUAACGUUGUCUUCUUUAGCUAACUUGCGUUUUGCGUUCAAACGCUUUCCUUUCUUUAGCGUAGUUUAGUGUAAUAAUAUCACUUGUAAUUAAAAAACUUGAGAGUUUGCUUGGAAGUGCUUUUAAAAUGACUGAAAGUGCUUUUGGUGAAAAUGCUUUUAGAACCAAUCAUUUGUAAAAAUGCUAAGUAAAUUCUGAAAAUGAACUUCAAGUGUUUUUGGAACUUAAAAAAUAUUUUCUCUAAAAAUACUUUCAGUCAUUUAAAUAACAAUUCCAAACAAGCCAUGUCUUUGUUUUGAGACUACCAUUCCAUUU